AUGGCCAGACAAAUUACUAAAGAUUGGGACUCACUUCCAAUCUUUAAUGAGUACUUAAAUGAUGAUGUUGAUGAUGUGCAUUUUGCUAUUAACAUUGCAUUGAAUGGGAUGGUUACUAUUAUACAUCAUAAUAAGAAGAAGCAUGGUAAGAUGCUUGAUGUUGUAAGUGAAAGUGAUGUCAUAGAUGGUACAACUUGUAGGAGUGUUAUUGCCGACAUAAGUUAUAAGGGAGAAGUAGUUGAUCAUGAGGGCACUAGAGGGAGCUUAGGAACUACCAUGAGUGGAUAUAUAAUUAGGGAAGUUCUUGUCAUAGAGUUUGAGGCUUAG